GUCUGUAUCUGUGGUGGCUUCAGAUGCAGUGAUUUCCAAUUGCAAGAGAGAGAGAGAGAGAGAGAGAGAGAGAGAGUUCUCUGCAACCCGGCGUUUGAUAUCUCCGGCGCCGACGAUGGCAACGCUCAGUUCCUUGUUCAACCGAUCUAGUUUCGGAGUCCGAUGCAAGACCUGUCUGAAUUUGGCCAUCUCUCGAAUCAAAUUGCUGCGUAAUAAGAGAGAGGCUCAACUGAAACAUAUGCACAAAGAAAUUUCACAAUUUCUUCAGACUGGACAAGAAGCUAUUGCUCGCAUCCGAGUGGAGCAUGUCAUACGCGAACAAAACAUAUUGGCUGCCUAUGAUAUUCUAGAAUUGUUCUGCGAGUUCAUUCUUGCACGUAUUCCAAUUCUUGAUACCCAAAGGGAAUGCCCUUCUGAGUUACAGGAGGCUGUUGCUAGUAUAAUCUUUGCGUCUCCAAGAUGUUCAGAUUUGCCAGAGUUUAUGCAAAUCAGAAACUUGUUUACGACAAAAUACGGGAAAGAAUUUGUUUCAUCUGCUUCUGAGCUUAGGCCGGAUAGUGGAGUGAAUCGUACUCUAAUUGAGAAACUCUCAGUGAGAGUCGCUCCGUCAGAUUUAAGAUUAAAGGUUUUAAAAGAUAUUGCUCGGGAGCACAAUGUUGAUUGGGACUCAUCUAGCACAGAAGCAGAAUUUAGAAAAAAACAUGAGGAUCUACUGGAAGGUUUGAACUCAUCAAAUUCUCCGGCUACUGCUGUUGAUAGUUUGACGAAUAUCACAACAAAUACUGACAGGCAUCUUGUUUCUCCAUCGGCACAGAAUCAAAAGAUUCACCAAUCUGAGCCUCAAAUGUUUUUGACAAAUACCAAUUCUGCUCUGAAGACUGCAAAUUCUUCAGUACAGUCAAUUGCAAAGCAACAAGUUAACACUCAAACGGAACAAGAAUGUCAUGGUGCAAACCCAGUUGUGAUUUGCUCAUCGGAUGUUUUGGAGCAAGCUCGAGCAGCCAUUGCUGCAGCAGAGCGUGCAUCAGCUGCUGCCCGGGCAGCUGCUGAGCUCGUAAAUUUUAAACGGGUUGCCCAAGUGAGCAGUGAUAAACACAGUAAGUAGUAGAAGAUAGCACAAUUUUAAGUUUUCUGCGUUGUGUCUUUGAUGAUGUUAACUAAGAAAAUUACUGCGGUUGCUUUGAAGAAAAUAUGCAUGUGUAAUCAGUUUGUAUAUAUUUUUAUUCGUCGGUGACUAAUAAAAGGAUAAGCUUAUUUGUAAA